GUGAAAAGGAAACCGCCGAGAAAAAACAAUUCGUCAGAUAAAUAUGGCGGUUAAUAUCAUAGGUGUCUCGAUUUCAAAGUGAAUACAGCUGUCAUUUUUUAAGGUGUUUUGAAGUAUUUUUGAGUGUUCCCUGGAGUUUUUUUAGUUUGGCUCCAAGAAGCUACAAAGGAAUCGUGGUUCGAGCAUGAGUGUCGACGCGUAUGGCCCCAGCAGUCAGACGCUCACGUUUCUCGACACCGAAGAUGCGGAUUUGAUCGGAGCUGACACGCAGGGCUCGGAAUGCGAGUUCACGGACUUCACGAUCCCCUCGCAGACGCAGGCCUCGCAGCUCGACCAGGCGGGCCCCAAAAUCGCUGGCGUACAGGUGAACAAUAAUAAUAUCGCCAACAAAGUAUCCUCUGUAACCAGCGCUCUAGGCGAGCUACAAUUUGAGGAGGAGGAUGAGGAGGGUUAUUUUAAUGGGAAAGAACUUCCUGAUUAUGCUUGCAAAUAUUGUGGCAUACACGAGCCGAACUGUGUUGUUAUGUGCAAUUGCUGCAAGAAAUGGUUUUGCAAUGGCAGGGGGAAUACCUCGGGGAGUCACAUAAUCAAUCACCUUGUUAGGGCGAAGCAUAAGGAAGUGACCUUGCAUAAAGAUGGUCCCUUAGGUGAAACUAUUUUGGAGUGUUACAGUUGUGGGGUUAGAAAUGUUUUUGUGCUUGGUUUUAUACCCGCCAAGGCUGAUUCUGUAGUUGUUUUACUAUGUCGUCAACCAUGUGCAGCACAAAACUCCCUAAAGGAUAUGAACUGGGAUCAGGACCAAUGGAAACCCCUGAUAGCCGACCGUUGUUUUCUGACGUGGUUGGUUAAAAUACCGUCGGAGCAAGAGCAGCUGCGCGCCAGGCAAAUAUCUGCGCAGCAAAUAAACAAGCUCGAGGAACUUUGGAAGGAGAAUGUAGACGCCACCUUUCAAGAUUUGGAGAAACCCGGCGUCGACGAAGAACCUCAACAGGUUCUGCUGAGGUACGAGGACGGCUACCAAUACCAAAACAUAUUCGGGCCGCUCGUUAAGCUCGAGGCCGACUACGACAAGCGCCUGAAGGAAUCGCAGACGCAGGAGAACAUCGAGGUGCGAUGGGACGUCGGGCUGAACAAGAAGACCAUCGCCUACUUCACUUUGGCCAAGACGGACGGCGACAUGAAGCUGAUGCACGGCGACGAGCUGCGCCUGCGCUACGUCGGCGAGAUGCACAAGACGUGGGCGGGCGUCGGGCACGUGAUCAAGGUGCCCGACAACUACGGCGAGGACAUCGGCAUCGAGCUGAAGAACGGCUCGGGCGCGCCCAGCGACUGCAGCAGCAACUUCGUCGUCGACUUCAUAUGGAAGAGCACCAGCUUCGACAGGAUGCAACUGGCAUUACGAAAGUUCGCCGUCGACGACAGCUCCGUGUCCGCGUACAUCUACCACCGCCUACUCGGCCACGAGGUCGAGGACGUGCUCUUCCGCUGCCAGCUACCGAAACACUUCUCCGCGCCGAAUCUGCCCGACUUGAACCGAUCGCAAGUCUACGCCGUCAAGCACGCCCUGCAGCGCCCGCUCUCCCUCAUCCAGGGCCCCCCCGGCACCGGCAAGACCGUCACCUCGGCCACCAUCGUCUACCAGCUGGUGAAGCAGAAGGGCGGCCCUGUGCUGGUCUGCGCGCCCAGCAACACCGCCGUCGACCAGCUCACCGAGAAGAUCCACAAGACCAACUUGAAGGUGGUGCGGCUGUGCGCGAAGUCUCGCGAGGCGAUAGACUCGCCCGUCAGCUUUCUCGCGUUGCACAACCAGAUCAGGAAGAUGGAGGGCAACACGGAGCUGCAGAAGCUGCAGCAGCUCAAGGACGAGACCGGGGAGUUGAGCAGCGUGGACGAGAAGCGGUACAGGAUGCUGAAGAAGCUGGCGGAGAAGGAGCUGCUCGAGGCGGCGGACGUUAUUUGCUGCACGUGCGUGGGGGCGGGCGAUCCGAGGCUGGUGCGCUUGAAGUUCCACUCGAUUUUGAUCGACGAAAGCAUGCAGGCCACGGAGCCGGAGUGCAUGGUGCCAGUGGUCCUGGGCGUCAAACAGCUGAUCCUGGUGGGCGAUCAUUGCCAACUGGGCCCUGUCGUGAUGUGCAAGAAGGCCGCCAGAGCCGGCCUGUCGCAAAGUCUGUUCGAGCGGCUGGUGGUGCUGGGCAUACGGCCCUUCAGACUGGAGGUGCAGUACAGGAUGCACCCGGAGCUGUCGAGAUUCCCCUCGAACUUCUUCUACGAGGGGAGCUUGCAGAACGGGGUCAGCGCGGAGGAGAGGAAGCUGACGAAGGUCGAUUUUCCCUGGCCGAUCAUCGAUAGGCCCAUGUUUUUCCUGGUCACGCAGGGGCAGGAGGAAAUCGCCGGUUCCGGUACCAGUUACCUGAACAGAACCGAAGCCGCCAAUGUGGAGAAAAUUACGACAAAAUUCUUGCGCUCGGGCGUGAAACCCGAACAAAUCGGCGUGAUAACGCCGUACGAGGGCCAAAGAGCUUACCUCGUGCAAUACAUGCAGUACCAGGGCUCGCUGCACAACAAGCUCUACCAAGAGAUCGAGAUCGCGAGCGUGGACGCUUUCCAGGGUCGCGAGAAAGACAUCAUAAUCAUGUCUUGCGUGCGCUCGAACGAGCACCAAGGCAUCGGGUUCCUCAACGACCCGCGACGUCUGAACGUCGCUCUGACUAGAUCAAAAUACGGCAUCAUCAUCGUCGGCAAUCCCAAGGUUUUGUCCAAGCAACCGCUCUGGAAUCACUUGCUGUCGUUCUACAAGGAGCAGAAGGUUUUGGUAGAGGGUCCGCUCACCAACCUCAAGGAGUCCGUCAUACAGUUCGCGAAGCCCAAAAAGCUGACCAACUCGGACAAUCCCGGCUCUCAUUUCAUGACCACUUCGAUGUUCGACGCUAGGGAAGCCAUGGUGCCAGGUUCGGUUUACGAUCGCACCAAUCAAGCGAUCAACGGCGGCCAGUUCAACUUUUCGAAUCGCGGCAUGCCGCUGGACAUGUUCAGCCGCACCCACGAUCCGAUCAGUUACAUUUCCGCGGACAGAACGCAGGCCGGCAUAAACCUGCCGGUGCCGGUCGGCAUGUUCAUGAACAUGGCGCACAUCCCGCCGCGCUUCUACAACCAGCACCAGCAGGCGCUGCAGGCGAGACAGCAGCAGAACCCCAGGAGCAGGAAGGCGCCCACCAGGCAAAAGGUCAGGGGACUGUCUCAGGAGCAGACGCAGCCGUUCAGCCAGAGCUUGCAGCUGACGCAGGGCAUGUCGCAGCCGGGGCUGUCGCAGCCGGGCUUCAGCCUGUCGCAGCCCGGGCUGUCGCAGGCCGAGCUCAGCCAGGACCCGUACAUGGCCGAGUACCAGUCGCAGAUGGACGGGCUGCUGUCGCAGGACUCCACCUAUCAGGGCGACAGGUCGGCUUUCUACCAGCCCAGCGCCCAGUUCUCCCAGCCAUAUUGAUUACGUAAGGACAAGUUCAAAUAGAAUCGCGGGAGCGGUCAACUGAAAAAUCUGCAAGUGAAUGAUCUGAUUGUCGAUUGUCAAAUUGUCAGUAACGCAGCAGCAGCAGUAGCAGUAUACAACCACAUGGUCCAUGACGUUUGAAAACCCUAAAUGCGAAUUUCGCAACUAAAAAAAAACAACUAAAAACCACAACAACGACGACGACACGGUUUGAAUGUCAUGUGGCGCCUGUGUGACCAGAGAAAGACGACUUCUGCAAUCAUUAUUGUCGGAGCGGACCUGCUAAAGCGCUCCACACACCAAACUAAAACAAACACAACACACCAUGCUGUGACAUUAUUUUUUUAUUGUUAUUAUUAUUAUUAUUUUAUCUUUAGUGUAAAUUUUGUUGUGUUGAUAAUAUUCUUUGGUUCCCCCAAACAAUACUAUCCAUACUCAAAAACGAUCAAUUAAUAAAUAAAAGGACCUUAAUUAUUUACGUAGUUGUUAGUUUUUACUUUUAAUUUGGCAUAUGCGUUACAGGGAUUUUAUCGCAAUUUUUCGAAGUUUUGUUGUAAGUUUUAAUCAUCAAAUAAGUGAACAUGGGACCCAUUUAUAAUUAAUUUAAAGAAAUACAUGCACUUUAUAUUUGUUAAUUGUUUUUAAAUUCGCAUGAUUUUAACUUAACACAUGACAACACUUCAAUAUUAUUUUGAAUAAAUUCAUUUUCAAAACU